GAUAAGGUGGUCGUUCGGCCGGACGAUUCUGUCCUGGGGGAGUCCGUGCUUCCUUUUUCCUGCUUUACCCGUGGCUGGAGUAGACGCUUCGCUGUGAAAUGAAAUAGAAACCAAAGGCGCUCAUGUGAUUUCCUGGAAAGGGGCGGUGUGGCUGCCCGAAGCGCCGCCGCCCGCAGACUGAGGGGAGGGGACCGCCCUUCUAAUAAAAACCGCCGCUCGGGGUUGGGCUGUCCAUAGAGCUGCUCACACUCUCCUGGAUGGGGAAGCAAAGGAUGAGCCAACAGAAACCGCAGUUGCGACCAUGGCUGAUUGCGCAGAUCGACAGUGGCUGCUACCAGGGUCUUUGCUGGAUUAACGAGGAAAAGAACAUGUUCCGCAUACCUUGGAAACAUGCGUCCCGUCAGGACCUGUCGGAGGAUGACUACCGCAUCUUCAAGGACUGGGCUAUUGCUAGUGGGAAGUUCACCGGACAGGAUGCCAGUGACCCUCCCAAGUGGAAAACCAACUUCCGCUGUGCCCUCAACAGCAACGAUUCAUUCAAGAAGGUGGCUGACAACUCAAAGGACUCUUCUGAUCCACACAAAAUCUACUGUAUCGUGAACCACAACCCAGUUAUUGCCUCAGGGGUGCGCGUUGGAGCCGCAGAGACAGAUGAUGAACUGGACUCGAUCUUGUACUUCAGCCCCGAGACUGAGCCUGGACGGCCGGACUUUAACCUGCUGCCUGACCCCUACGCACAGGAACCUGUGGAAGAUGUGAUGCCGCACUUUGGGUUGAUGAGUUUGUCCGACAGUCCUCCGGACCAGCUGGAUCCUGGUGCUGGGUACCCACCAAACUUCUACAGCCAGACUGCAGUCCUUCCUGGCGUCAGUCAGCUGGCCCAAGGUACUGCCCCUCAGGAGGCAGCCAGCCAGAUCCCCACUCACGCCUCGUCACCAGAACAGCAAUGGGAGCCGGUGAUGAACCUGAGCCAGGAGGGACCACUGCACGUUCCUGCUCCAGUCAGCAGGCCGCCCCCCAACCAAGGAGCACUCUCGGGAGCAGAGGGCCAUCUGUCUCAACUCCCCAGUGACCUGGACAUCACUAUCUAUUACAGAGGCAGGCAGGUCCUCCAGACCACUGUCACCAACGCCAUUGGCUGCCGUCUCUACUUCCAGCAGGAGGAUGAGAGUUCUGCUCACUUGCAGCAGAUCCGAUUCCCAGGCACAGACGACAUUUCUGAUUACAAGCAGAAGGACUUCACUGACCGCUUGCUGAGCAACAUGGAGGGUGGUCUGCUGCUCUGGCACCGGGCCGGCGAUCUGAUGGCCAAACGGCUGGGCAAAUGCCAGGUCUUCUGGGCUAGCGGGGAUGUCGGCACCAGUGAUGAGUCCCAGAAACUCAACCGCGAUGUGAUGACCAGGAUCUUCUGUCUGAAGGAUUUCAUUCAGGGCAUAGUUCAGUUUACUGAGCAUAGAGUCAGGGCACCGCCAUGUGCUAUCUUCCUGUGCUUUGGUCAACACUUCGCGGGGAGUGAGCAAAGCAAGAAGCUCAUUCUGGUUAAGGUGGUCCCCAAAGUUUGUGAGUUCCUCACUGAGAUUGCUCACCAAGGCGGCGCCUCGUCACUGAACAGCGAGAAUGCCAGCUUGCAGAUCUCUAACGCAGCAUCAGUGGACAGCCUGUACGCCCUGCUCCAGGAGAUUGAAGACAUGGAGGUGGACCUGUAAUCAAGUUUAGAACUUGCCUCAGCACUGAGCCUGGGGCCACCAUUUUGUUACUGGUUCAGCGCCGGCCUCUGCUGUCCGCCAGCCGCCUUUGACUCUAGGGCAGGCCGGGAUGUGAGGGAGCUCUGCCUGAUCUACGUUCUGGAGGGUCAGCUCCCGAACCCCCCCCCCCCCCCCAGUCCCCUGCGGACUCCCUGCAACCCCUGGGCAGGCAGGCAGGUGUGUGAGGGAGCUCUGCGUUCUGCUGAACUUCUGUGUCUGCCCCACAGCUCCCUAGGGACCCUUGCAACCCUCUGGCAGUUGGCCUGCGCAGGUUCCCCUCUCACUGCUGUGGCAGUGCUGUUCUCCGGUGAGCUGUAUGGAUCAUUCAGAUGGUAAGAAGGGCAGUCUUGAUCCUCGCUUUGGCCUGAGCUUGCCCAGCUGUGCCACUUUGCCGACUGUGGUGCAGACAUUUUGCAGGAGACCAGCUUCGUCUCAUGUCUGUCUCUCCCGUGGAUGAUCUGGGCAAGAUCUGGAGCCUGGUGUGAGUUGACUGUCCACCAAGACCUACAGAGAUGGAAGUGGACACCUCGGUUCACAUUCCACCACUUUUCAAAACAUUUAUUAAAAUCCAGGAAGCAAAGUUUCCAGCAUCUCUUUAAUUCAACCAUCUGGUUUAAGGCUUUGAGCCUGCCUCUGUGACAGAGGGGAGGGGGGAGAUGAGCACGCUAUGGUGACAAGGGAUUUGUUAGACGAGUGGACGGGAGGUUCUGUGGGUGAGAACAAGAUUCCCGGAUGGUAUGUUGUCUCCUGGAUGUCAGGGCCCAGGAUAUCUCGGAUUGAGUAUUUUAAAAUGGAAGGGUGAACAGCCGAGGAUAUGGUCCAUGUAGGUACCAAAGAAAUGGGUAGAAGAGUGACGAGGUUCUGCUUAGGAGUUAGGUGCUAAAUUAAAGGACAGGACCUCCAGGGUUGUGAUCUCAGGAUUGCUACACGUGCCAUGUACUGGUGAGGCCAGAUCUGGGAAGAUUAUACAGUUUAACACGACUCUAGGGAGAUGGUGUAGGAGGGAGGGCGUAAGAUUUUUGGAUCAUUGUGCUCUCUUGCAGGGAAGGUGAGACCUGUACACAACCCUGAUCUGAAAGGGGACUGAUAACCUAGCAGGAAGGUUUCCUAAUGCUGCAUGGUAGGGUUUAACCUAGAGUUGCAGGGGGAUGGGAACCAGAUUGCCAGAACAGAUAGUGGAGAGGUUGAGAAGACAGAUUUGGUAAGACCGCAGACAAAGUCAGGAAUUGAAACGUUAAGCAUGGUGCGACCAGUGUCCUGAGCUGUGCGUAUUUCAAUUUGAAGAGUAUUUUAGGAAAGACGAGUGAGCUCGGGGCGCGGAUCGACAUCUGGAAUUAUGACAUUGUAGCUAUUAGUAAGACUUGGUUGUAGGAGGGGCAGGACUGGCAGCUCAAUAAUCCAUAGGAUCCAUUGUUUUAGACGUGACAGAGCAGGAGGGAUUAAAGGAGGAGGGGCGGUGUCACGGCAGUGUCCCAUUGGGACAGACUGGAGAGGUAUUAUGGGUGGAACUGAGAAAUAAGAAAGGUAGGACCAUGUUAAUGGGCUAUAUGACAGACCACCCAACAGUCCUAGGGAUUUAGAGGAACAAGUUUGUAGAGAGAUCACAGACUGUUGCAAGAAACAAGGUUGUUAUGGUAGGUGAUUUUUAACUUUUCACAUACUGACUGGGAAUCUCGUACUGUGUGUAAUGCCCUGGUAAAGGUUUCACUGCUAAUUAUUGUUAGAGAUGAGGCUGCUUUGGGAUGUGUGCCAUCCAAUCAGAAGAGAAAGCUGGGGAGCAGGUUUUUUUGCCUAACACUGGUAGGAGUCUUGAUCUUUGUUCUGCGAGAGAUGAGAGAACCGGUUGUAAGAUUUGAUCCGGAGGGGACUGUGAUUCGAUUGAUCCAAGGUGCGGGAGUCUGCUGGGGAUCGGUGAAUAUGAUUUCUGGAAGAUUAGAGGUCCAACCUGUGCACUGUUUAAUUAUAAUGUCCUUUUUUGUUUUUUUUUCUUUUCUCUAUUAUUUGGUUAAGUUAAUAUUCAUAAAUAUAUUUCCUUA